UGUUUCCUGUGCAGAAAGAAAAAGCGUGACUUGUAGCUAAAAUUAGCACAACAGGCUAACAGUGAGCAUGCGGUAGAGUGUCGAUAUUCAAAUUGACCAAAACAAAAACAGAAAUUAAGUGAGUGGCCAACCAACAGCUACGUUUACCUUUCCCAUGGCUAAUUUAGCUAGCUUCUGACAAGCCAAGUGCCAAGAGGGUAACCGUUCCCUGGUAAUAUGUCUGUAAAUGACAGUCAGUAGAUUCAGUCGCAUUUAAAUGUGGUUCCCAAAUAAUUGGGUGUUAACAUGUGCAGGAAGCUACAUAUUUAACGUUCGCAUUAGCGCUCAAUGCCUGCUAGCUGCUCAUUGUAGCCUUAGCUAGUUAGCCAUGGUUGACGCAAGCUAACUGUGGCUAACGAUAACGUAGGUUUGAGACCACCGCUGCCAAAAUACAUAACGUUAGGUGUUAGUAAAUGACAACAGAGAAGCAAUCAGCAUAGGCUAACAUAACGACAUACGAGUCUGAACAGGUUAGAGCAAAACCACGUCGUUUUCGUUAGCAACCCGUUGCUAAUUGGUUAGCAACUAGCUAAAUAAUCUAAACAAAAGAUUGAGGUUCACGAAACUUUUUGUCAAUGCGAGUCUUAGUCGACAAAGCGGAAACACACAACGUUGCAGCGUCGAUAGGCAAAUAAAAAAAAAAUCAAAGCUAAUACUAACUUUGCUUGUGCCUCGUCCAAACUUUGGUCGGUGAUGGUCAUUAUCUGCUGUAGUAUGUCACCAAUAUCUCUGCGGUUUUCAUGUCCGUUUUCUGUGCCCUCGAGGCCCGAGUCCCCCCCGUCGGACCGAUGCUGGGAAGGUUGAUGAACCGAGUUAAGCGCGUGCAUCCCGGGGUGGCCGCUCACGCCGAGUCCCCGGCCGUUGGAGGGCCCGUUGCCAGUCAGAGGCUGCUGCUGCUGCAACAUCUUCAGCGACGCACAGUGGCGACGACUGCUGCCCAAACUGUGCUCACAGACAGUCAACACACGGGCAUCGGAGCACAGAGCAGGGAUCCCCUAGCGAUCGACAGGAAAAGGUACAAGCCAUGUCAACAACACGCUGCACAGCCGACAGUGAAGUAGCACUGCUGGGUUAAAUGUAACCACAACAGAACAUCUGCACUCCCUGCAUUCUCACAAAGUAGAACUGUGAGUGUGUGUCAUGGAACAAUAUGAAUGAGAUCAAACUAAUUCAAAUGGUGAUCAUGUGCUCUAUUGUCAUCCUAGUUACACGCAUCAACAGCGACAUAAUCAUUUGUUUUUUAAUGUCUCUGGUAUAACGUGACAGCUUCUCUCACUUGUCUGACUCUUAACUUCUCGUUUUAGCUGCAAGUCAACAGGAAGUGUGCCAAAACCACAUCAGUGUCGGAAGAGUACUGUGCGCCUGUUUCAACAUGUUGCAGUCGGGUCUGUAAUGAACAAAUGAGCAGCAGUUAAAGCAGUAGCUGCUUUUAACAAAACAAAGUUUAUCUCAAAAGACGAAAACCUUUUCUUUGGACCAGACUAACCAAAGUGCACCAUGAGGGUUCCUUCUGCUUUUUUAACAGUCAUAUGUCACAAUAGCAUGGCUUGUCAGAUGCGGGCCGCAUAAAUAAGGGUGGGCUGUGGUAAGAGGAACAGGAAGAGAGGAGUGAGAGAAGGUAGCAAGGCAGACAGAAAGGGCGAGAGCUUCUCACGUCAACACGUGAAACUCUUCAUUGCUGCUUUUCUUCUUCUUCUUUAUAAAGAGAUUAUCAAGACAAGUGACAAGCCAAAAAUGCUGUGCUCCGUCUGUGGUGACCUCGAGGGAUGAUGCUUUGAAGAGACAAAGUUUAGGCAAUAAAGGUAAGAAUGAAUUUACUUUUUUCUUCUGUAUAGUAUACAAGGCAACCUGUGUGGCAAAACAACACGACUCACGGUGAAACUUUAGGCAGAAUAUACAACAGAAAUCAAUCAGCGGCAAGAGGUUAUCAUCUCCGAACAUGCUGUCACACACCUUUGUUGUCACGCAGUAAGUCAAAGAGGAAUAUAUGAUUUACUUUUGGAUUUCCUGGCUGAAACAUGUUCGAACCUGCCAAACUGGUUUCUCAUACAUUUCUUUGCAAGAGAGAAAAAACCCCCACAGCUGCUCUUUAGCAGUUUUCAUGUCUAUUCUGAGUAACUUCAGGGUUGAGAAAUGUAAUGUUUUGAGUAUUAACAAUGGGGUGCUGCCAAGUCUUUGACCUAAACCCUGUUUCUGUGUGGCUUCUUGUCAGAGGCUGACAGGGGGAUUACCAGACCCGCACAGAGAUCAAAGUUGAAAUGGCUGAGGAGGGUCUUGUGGAGCGUCUCGUCAUCACCGAGGAGGGAGACAUGGCAGAGAGCGUCACCGAACGGGGGCCAGCGAGCAGUUCACUUGUCGGCGUGCAGAGCUGCGGCGCAGAGACGGCUCCGAAAAAGGAAGCGGAACACACAGGAGAGGACAAGAGCGGAGACGAUGUGGCGAGAAAAGAAAUGUGUUUUGAAGAGCAGGAAGGAGCGGAGAAGCAACGAACCAACGCAGAGCACGACCAGACGGGGGAGGUUGUUGUGACUGAAGAGACGGACGGACAGAACAGAGGUGGUGGUGAGAGUGGAGGGCAGACACAUGAGAUGAUGAGGAUUAAUAGGAAACCUGAGAAAGCCGGUGACACAGAGGAUGAAAAGGCGACACAAAAAGACCCUCAAGUGGACAUUAAGAGGUUAAAUUCCUCUGAGCAACAACCUGAAGGGACAGAAAACCAAGAAGAGGAUCCAAAAAAGGCUCACCGGUUAACUCCUGACUUCCCGGACGCCCUGUACGAGCUGCUCUGCACCCUUACGGAGGGGAGACGGCUCAAUGACCAGCGCUGCUCCUUCCGGCUGGAGGGUGGGAUGAGGAGGAGGAGGUGCUAUUCUGAGCCCAACACCUCCAAGCCGGCCAACAGAGUCGUGUUUUCCUCCAUGACUUCACUGCAGAAAGAGGAGUUUUUCGAGCUGGUGGCCACCGCUCAGGCUCGCCGCCUGGAUGACCAGAGGGCGCAGCUCGAAAAGUCUCGUCCACCGAAACCGAAAUCCAGAGGUUUCAGAGGCAGCAUCAAGCAGCUCUCUUUCGUGAAAAGGCCCGCGCCUGCACCAGCACCCGUCCCCGUGCCCAAAGAAGAUCUGUACAAUAUGAUUCUCACAACACAAGCCCAGGGCAGACUGGAGGAUCAGCGCAGCAGGGCUCCUGGUCCCAUGGACGAUGAGGACUUCUUCUCCUUGCUCCUGAGGGUCCAGGGGGGACGCAUGGACGAGCAGAGGACUGAACUACCGGGCAUGCUGCAAACCUGAUAUGGAAAACAAGCAAAAAACCACGUGGGGCUACUGUGGGAGCAGUAUUGUAGCGUUUUUAGCCUAUUUUCUGUCAAAACAAGUUGUUUUUUUGUCGUUGACCCCGAUGAUGCUUUGUUUCAGGGGAUUUGUAUCCCUCUUGAUAGCGUUGGUCAGUGCAAAAAACAGCAAUGUUUGAGCAACAGAGCUUUUAAUGCAACUUAAGAGAUCUUAACGAUGAGAUUGUUAAGUGUACGGCCAGUUAGUCUUUUCUUUCCUAGUAAAUAGGAUCAGCAGAUAUGCUUUCUUAUGUCGCAAAAUGUAUUUUAUUGAGUGUAUGUGACGAGUGCUUGAAUGAUUUUGUGCGUGUUCCCGUUGUUAAUGUGGAGGAGACAGUCUACUGAUCCCUAUUGUUUCUCCUUGUUUGUACAGCAGACAUUAAACACACCAGGGAUGGUGUUCAGGAGAUAAUAGCUCCAAGGCCACACCGUGCUUGACUGUAAAUGGAUGAUUCUCCUCCAGAAAAUAAACAAAAUGUUUAUCUGA